AGCCGGGGCUGGGACGAGCUGUCGGGCCGGGACACGCAGUCGGGGUUGCGCGGCGGGCGCGAUGGCCGCGGGGGGAGACCGGCUGGCCGGCGUGCGCGGGGUGCUGCUCGACAUCUCGGGCGUCCUGUACGACAGCGGCGAGGGCGGCGGCAGGCCGAUCGCCGGCUCCGUGGACGCGGUGGCGAGGCUGAAGCGCUCGGGGCUGAAGGUGCGGUUCUGCACCAACGAGUCGCAGAAGUCCCGGGGGCGCCUGGUGGGUGAGCUGCGCGGCCUGGGCUUCGACGUGUCCGAGGCCGAGGUGACCGCCCCGCCGCCCGCCGCCUGCCGCCUCCUCCAGGAGCGCGGCCUCCGGCCACACCUGCUGGUCCACGACGAAGUCCGCUCGGAGUUUGACCACAUCGACACGUCCAACCCCAACUGCGUGGUCAUCGGGGAUGCGGGGGACCACUUCUCCUACCGCAACCUGAACCGGGCCUUCCAGGUGCUCAUGGGGCUGGCGGACCCCGUGCUCCUCUCCCUGGGCAGCGGGCGCUACUACAAGCAGAGCUCGGGCCUGAUGCUGGACGUUGGCUGCUACAUGAAGGCGCUCGAGUACGCCUGCGGCAUCCAGGCCCAGGUGGUGGGCAAGCCCUCGCCCGAGUUCUUCCGGUCGGCGCUGCGGGAGCUGGGCGUGGAGGCCCACCAGGCCGUCAUGGUCGGCGACGACAUCGUGGGUGACGUCGGCGGGGCGCAGCGGUGCGGGAUGCGGGCGCUGCAGGUGCGGACCGGCAAGUUCAGGCCCAGCGACGAGCACCACCCUGAGGUGAAGGCUGACGGGUACGUGGACAACCUGGCGGAGGCCGUGGACCUGCUGCUGCAGCACGCGGACCAGUGACGGCUCUGGGAAGGCCCCGCCCCCGCCCCCGGCUCUGCCCUCCCCUCCAAAGGCCGGCGAGGGGCCCUUCCCCUCCCUCCCGGUGGCCUCUCCCUGCCCGCGGCCGGUGGAGCAGGGCAGUGGGCUAGGCCUCCUGAGAAGAAACCCUGGGUGGGCCGGGACCGGAACACAGGCACCGGGAACACAGGCACCGCGUGCAGUGCUCUCCGGGCACCGGGAACACAGGCACCGAGUGCAGUGCUCUCUGGGCACCGGGAACACAGGCACCGCGUGCACAUGCUCUCCGGGCACCAGGAACACAGGCACCGCGUGCACAUGCUCUCCGGGCACCGGACACGGGCACCGCGUGCACAUGCUCUCUGGGCACCGGUGCUGUGGAUGCUCCUCCACGUGGGCCCAGGCAGGUCCCGGCCUCGUCACCCACCUUCCUGGCCUUUCACCUCGGAGCCUGGAGGGCACGGCCUUCCCUUGGCCAGUGCAGCCCCAACCAAGCCACCUCCGGGCACCGCCCGGCCCAACACCACCCCCUCCCCCCACAGGACUGAGUGGCCUUAACGUGAACGCUGGGCGGGCUGCGGGCAGAGGCGCUUCCUGGAGCCACAGCGCCCACUGUGUGCAGGACACUACCCAGAAAUAAACCCCAGCCUGUGGCGA